AUGAAAACCAAAAGCCAUGAAAGCAGAAGUGGGAACACUGACGUCGAAGAAGCUGGCCAAAACCCACAUUCCUCCGAGAAAGACCAUAUAAUUCAGAAGGAUUGUCCUAAUGAAGAGAGUGCAACUGAUAAUGCUGUCGCCGACCCGAAUAUCGUCGACUGGGACGGCCCUGAAGACCCUGCAAACCCGCGCAACUGGUCCAAGGGGCGCAAAAUGCUGCAUAUCAUACUGAUAAGCCUCUCGGUACUUUACUCGAACAUCGCGACAACCACGUUCGCUCCAGGGGCAUCAGAACUAGCUGCUGAAUUUGGAGUGACUAAUAACAUCGUCGCUACAUUGGCUGUGACAAUCCCUUCACUAGGCGCCUCUACGGGUCCCCUGCUGUUUGCUCCGCUGUCUGAAGUGGCUGGGCGCCUGCCUAUCUACUGGGCUAGCAGUAUACUGUACUUGGGCUGCACUAUCGGCUGUGCACGCAGCACUGACACUGCGAUGUUUCUCGUGUUUCGCUUUCUUUGCGGUGCCAGUGCAGCCUCCUUCUUGACCUCAAGCGGGGGAACCAUCGCCGACCUGCUUCCUAAAGAGGAGCGUGGCGCCGCGACUGCUAUGUUUACAGCCGGUCCUCUUCUUGGGCCUGUACUUGGCCCCAUUAUUGGUGGGUUUGUGACGCAGGCAUUAGGUUGGCGGUGGACGUUCUAUUUGGUUCUUAUAUUUGCCGGCAUUGUCACAGCCAUAGCUAUGGCCACGAUGCGUGAGACUAACUCGACUACACUUCUCGCUAGCAAGGCUGCCCGUCUUCGUAAGCAAACUGGCAAUUCUGACCUACGGCCGGCACUUGCGAAACAAGUACAGCCGCGGCAACUUAUUGUUCGGGCGUUAAUCCGACCGCUACGCAUGCUGUGCUUAUCACCCAUUGUUCUUCCUAUGGGUCUGUACACUGCGCUCACAUUUGGUAUGACAUUCCUCCUCUUUGCUACCUUCCCAUCCGUUUUCCGGGUUACCUAUGGCUGGAGUGUUAGCGUUUCUGGCCUGGCAUACCUCGGUGUCGGCGUUGGCUGCGUCAUUGGUCUGAUUCUGUUUGCCUCGCUGAGCGACAAGCUCGUAGGAAAGGAUGGCGGACCGGAGCGUCGCCUGCAGCUGAUGAUUUGGAUUGGGCCCUCUGUAUCGAUCGGUAUUUUCUGGUAUGGAUGGACGACUGAAUAUGCCGUGCAAUGGAUGGCUCCCAUAAUCGGCACUGUCUUCAUCGGCCUCGGCACCCUUGUCAUUACUUCGUCGACCCAGCUGUAUAUGAUAGAUAUGUUCGGUCCGCAAGGCGCAGCAUCGGCGCUGGCGGCUGUGACAUUGGUACGCAACGCCUCGGGCACUUUCUUAGCCCUCGCUGCCAAUCCUUUGUACGAUAGCUUAGGUUUGGGCUGGGGAAAUAGUGUCUUGGGGUUCAUAAUUCUUGCCUUUGCACCGUUGCCGGUUGUUUUCGGCAAGUAUGGCGCGCGGUUGCGAGAGAGGUUUCCUCUGAAGUUAUAG